AAAAAAAAGGAAACUGUGGACUGUGCGUCCGAAGAUCGUCGAGAUAAAUAUUUACAUCACAACGAGCAGAUUGUUUUGUCAAAGUUCGUCAGACAGUCCUUGAUUCAUUUGCUUCAAUAGUAGCCGCACUCGUUUGACGGGCUCUAUAUAGGCCUAGUGUAGGAAAUAGCUGUGUCAUCCUAUUACAUAACUAUUGCUUUUCUGCAGGGAAUACUUCGGAAAUUGUGAUGGAAAUAGAUCAACAGUCUACCAUUGAACAGGUUUCUCCUGGAACUGUAGCUGAAGUGGAUACUAAGUGUUGGUGGAGCAUAAGCAAUUACUUCCAGUGGUGUCCAACAUCAAUGUAUCACCUUAAGCGAGCAGAGAGCAGAAUUCUAAAAGUUAUCAAGACUGCAUAUGAGGCGAAAUAUGUCAAUAUUGGGAAGUGUGUAGGAGGCACUGAGAACAAAAUAUGGACCUUAAUGCUCAACAAGGAUGCAGAAAAAACACCAUUGGUAAUGCUUCAUGGAUUUGCUUCAGGUGUUGCAUUAUGGUGCCUUAACCUUGAUACCCUUGCAAGAGAGAGGCCUGUUUAUGCAAUAGAUCUUCUAGGUUUUGGUUCCAGCAGCAGACCACAUUUUAGCAGUAAUGCCUUAGAAGCUGAGUCUGAAAUGGUAAAAUCUAUCGAAGAGUGGAGAAAACAAAUAGGAUUGGAAAAAUUUGUUCUGCUUGGUCAUAGUAUGGGAGGGUUUCUCGCUUCGGCUUAUGCUUUGCAACAUCCCGACCGUGUUUCGCACGUUGUACUGGCAGACCCUUGGGGGUUUCCUGAUCGUCCGUCUGGGAACGAUUCCAACAGCCGUAUCAGAAUUCCUCUCUUGGUUAAGGGAAUUGCCUUUCUCCUUCAACCUUUUAACCCGCUGUGGCUUAUCCGAGUGUCUGGACGUUUAGGGCCUCAUAUAGUGCGAAAAGCUCGUCCCGACAUUUUUAAAAAGUAUGCCGCAACAGUAGAAGAUGCAGAUGAAGCCAUUUCUCAGUACGUUUACCAUUGCAACGCCCAAAGCCCAACAGGGGAAUCCUGCUUUCAUGCUAUGAUGGUUAGUUUUGGAUGGGCCAAAUAUCCCAUGCUUCAUCGUAUCCCCGCACUAAGAACAGACAUCCCUGUUACGUUCAUCUAUGGAGCGAGAUCGUGGGUUGAUAGGCAUCCGGGAGAGAUAAUCAAGGAAAGCAGAAAGGAAUCAACUGUUGAACUCCACAUUAUUGACGGUGCCGGUCACCAUGUUUACGCUGAUAAAACGGACGAGUUCCAUCGACUUGUGUUGACAGCAUGCAAGUCGGUAGACGAGAAACCGACCACUGAAGAAGAACGGGUGCACGAAUUAUAGAUGGAAAUUAGCCAAUUGGUAUUGGGAGCCACGCAGGCGAACGAAACACUAUAAAAUCCUUAAAUCUGUGGAACACGAUUAGGAUAUCAUUUUGCCUGUUAGAAAAUUAUGUACACUAAAUUCUUGAAUAUUCUGUUCAUGUUCAUGCCUACGAUUUUUUUUUUUUUUAUAAGUUCAAAGAAAAAUACAAAGUUGUGUUAACACACUUUAA